AUGUUGAUUGACAGCCUUCGUACCUCAGAAACGAGUUACCUGAACGAGGCCUUUUCCUUCUACUCAGCCAUCCGCCAGCGCUCCUACUACUUCCAGGUCAACAAAGAGGACAGGCCGGAGUUAGUAGUGAAGAAGCUUCGAUAUUAUGCUCGCUACAUAGUCGUCUGUCUACUGCUGAACAAGAUGGACCUAGUCAAAGUUUUGGUUAAGGAGUUAUCUGAGGAAAUUGAAGAUUACACACAGAGGUUUAACACAGAGGACCAGCUGGAAUGGAACCUGGUUCUACAGGAAGUGGCAGCUUUUGUAGAGGCAGAUCCAGUGGUAGUUCUGAACGACAACAGUUCUGUGGUUGUCAACAGCAACCGUCUGCAGGAGGGCAGUGUGCCCCCGCUGGAGCAAGGCAUGGUGGUGGGGCAGCUUGUGCUUGCAGAUGCACUCAUCAUCGGAAACUGUAACAACCAGGAAGCAGUUGUGUCAGCGGCCCUCAAGCAGGAGUGCUCCCAGCGGCCCCCUCAGCAGUGUGUCCCAGGGCCCUCAGCAGUGUGUCCAGGGCCCCUCAGCAGUGUGUGUCCCAGGCGCCCCUUCAGGCCAGAGUGUCAGGGACCCUCAGCACAGAUGACCCAGGGGCCCCUCAGCCAGUGUGUCCCAGGGGCCCCUCAGCAGGAACCAAAUGAGAAGCCAGCUAAAAGGGAAAACCCUCACAAGUAUCUGCUGUACAAGCCCACGUUCAGCCAGCUUUAUACCUUCCUGUCUGCCUCUUUUAAGGAAUUGCCUGCCAACAGCGCUCUGCUCGUCUACCUGUCAGCGACCGGAGUGUUCCCCACCGGACAUUCAGAUUAUGAAGGACCAUAUGACUUUGGAGGAGUUCUCACAAACACAAAUCGAGAUGUGGUGAACGGAGAGACGGUGCAGAAGAGGAAUCAGGCCCAGAAAGAAAUGCACUGCCUUCAUCCAGGAGACUUAUUCCCUUUCACCCGGAAACCACUUUUUGUAAUUGUGGAUUCUACAAACAGCAAAUCCUACAAGCAUUUCACUAAUCUGUUUGGCCAGCCUCUGGUGUGCCUACUAUCUCCUACUGUAUAUCCCAAGAGUGUGCAAGGUGUGUGUCACUCUACAUCAACACUUCACUAA